CUCUUGUCAGUGCACAGAAACAGCGCAUGCGUCUUGCUUCACUCCUCAGCCUUUGAAACUCGGGCUGAGUUCAAUUAAGAGACCAUGUCCGCCAUCAACCUUCUGCUCUCUUCUGUCUUUUCAUUUAAACCAAAUUCUCCAUGAAAUAGCACUAACGCGCGGCCUCAAGCAUGGCCAGCUCGGGCGCAGUUCAGGUGAAGCUAGAGCUUGGACACCGUGCCCAGGUCAGAAAGAAACCUACCGUGGAGGGUUUUACGCAUGAUUGGAUGGUGUUCGUCAGAGGACCCGAGCACAGCAACAUUCAGCACUUUGUGGAAAAAGUAGUUUUUCACCUACAUGAAAGCUUCCCAAGACCAAAAAGAGUGUGCAAGGACCCACCAUAUAAAGUGGAAGAGUCUGGGUACGCCGGUUUUAUCUUGCCCAUUGAAGUAUACUUCAAAAACAAGGAAGAGCCCAAGAAAGUCCGUUUUGACUACGACUUAUUUUUGCACCUCGAGGGUCACCCCCCGGUGAACCACCUCCGCUGUGAAAAGCUCACCUUCAACAACCCCACUGAGGAGUUCCGGAGAAAGCUGCUGAAGGCAGGAGGGCAAAGAGAUCCUCAGAAAAGAAGUACAGAAGACUCUAAAGUUAUGGUCAUGCAGGAGGGUUCUACGUCCCUCUUUGGGCAACACCUCAAGCUUCCUGCCCUUCCCAGCAGCUCACUGACACUGACGUUCUCAGACAUGAAGAAGAGCAAGUCCUCCCAUGGGUCAAAGGAUGUGGCUAAGAGCAGUAGUAGCACCCUCACUACUACCACCACCACUAAUAGUAGCAGCAGCAGUUCUUCAAAGCUUCAUAAGCCUAUGAAAGAGCACAAAGACAAAUCUUUAAAAGACUCGAAGGAGCAUAAAAGUGCCUUUAAAGAACCUACCAGGGAACCCAGUAAACUUUCCAAAGAUUCCUCGAAGAAACCCAAAGAAAACCAGCCACUUAAAGAUGACAGGCCCAUCCCCAAGAUGGCUUUUAAGGAACCCAAGACCAUGUCCAAGGACCUAAAGACAGAGAUGAGCGUUUCUCAUGGUGGUGGGACAGCCUGUGUGCAACACAACACGAAAGCUCCCAGCAAAAGGCCACCAGCAGUUGAUUCUGAAGAACAUGCAUCCAAAAAGCGAAAGAAGAGCACCUCGGAGAUGGCCAUGAAGGCCGUGUCUGGUUCCUCUCCCCUGCAUCAUCACUCUGACAAAAAGCUGAUGAAGGAUAAAUCCCAGAUCCGCUCCACCAAGCUCAAAAUGGAUAGCGAGGUGCCAGAGAGAAAGAAACCCACUUUGCCGCCUUUUGAAGAUCUCGUGGAUCCAAAUGACUCUGACAUGGAGGACAAUAUGUCUACCAAAUCAGAGUCUGAGCAGCCCAGCCCAGCAAGCUCCACUUCCAGUUCCAGCUCUAGCUCCGGCUUCGUCCCAGUUCAGAAAAGACAAGUGCCUGACGUGUGCAGGAAGGUUGUAGCUGUUCCUGCGACAGCCCACACAGUCUUGGGUCCAUUGAGGUCAAUAAUGCAAGAUCUUCAUUCAGAUGACAAUGAAGAGGAUUCAGAAGAGGAGGAGGAUAAUGAAAAUGACUCUGAUAUGGAGCGGCCAGCACACACACACAUGAUGCACAGACAUCGCAGGGUAAGUUUAAGUGAUGGCAGCGACAGUGAGAACAGCUCUGCUUCUUCACCUCCUCCCCGCAGUGACCCCCCGCCUUUACUGAAGACCAGCAAUAACCAGAUUCUUGAAGUAAAAAGUCCAAUAAAGCAAACAAAACCAGAAAAAAACAUUAAAAAUGGGGACUGUGACAAGGCCUAUCUGGAUGAGUUAGUUGAACUGCACAGAAGGCUGAUGACAUUGAGGGAGAGACAUAUACUGCAGCAGAUUGUCAACCUCAUUGAAGAAACUGGACACUUUCACAUAACAAACACUACAUUUGACUUUGAUCUUUGCUCAUUGGACAAAACUACAGUCCGCAAGCUUCAGAGUUAUCUGGAGACCUCUGGAACCUCUUGAGAUUCUAGCAGCUGGCUGCAAUGAGGAAGAAGGAAAUGAGAGACCUCCAAAUGUUUUACUUGAAAUUAUGCAGCGAUGCAACCAAUCUGCCUAGUCCCAAGAAUACUGCUCUCAACAGCUUUAUUUUCUGGAAGCAGGAUAUUUCUCUUGAUUCAAGAGUGGAAGACAGUGAAAAUGGAAGCAUUGGAAAAAUCACCCUCUCCAUAAGAUGAUUCCUUUACACCCAGAGCUAAUUCUGGUUGUGCUCACCUGGAAAGCCUUGAAAACAAAAAACAAACAAACAUGUAACUUGCUCUUAAUGAAUGUGUAUUGUUAUCAUACGUCUCUUUGUGAUUUUCUGAUCUUUGUGAUGAAUGCAUGUUUGACACUGCCUUACUAUAUUAUUGGUCUUUAUUGAAUUUCAGAUAUCAGAGAUUUAGUGAAGAAUGUCAGAAUAUUUUACCAGCACUCCAGCAACAAACAUGUCUAAGGGUCUGUACUAGGUAGACAAUGUCUUUCUGAUGUACGAGAUAAAACUUAAUCUAAAUGUAUGAGAGGAACUUUUGAUUAAGUGUGAAAGGGAUCAGAAAUCUUUGUACUGUAAAUCGUAUAAUAAGAUUCCAUUGCUGAGAAGCUACAGGCAGUAAUUCUGUAUUUUCCCUUAAUAUUACAUAAGUGUGUCAUGAAAGAACAGCAUUCUACAUAGCAUGUCAUGAUUAUUAAUUCAUUUGAAUUGCAGCAUUGUUAGGAUUCAACUUUAUGUAAAAAAAAAAAAUCACUAACCCUCAAAGGAUUACAGUAUAUUUGAAUGCCCUUCUGGGUAAAAAAUGUUGGAUAUCUUAAUUAGAUACUGACAAGGCAGUUCAGGUUUCAAAGUCAGGCUGCGAAGGAAAUAAUGACUUUCACAUGUGCACUGUUUUCCAAUGGACGGCAUUGGUGAAGCUUCAAAUUGUAUAGAUGCAACAUGAACAGUCACAGUUCUCUACAUCCCUCGCAUUGGCCAGCGUCUGUACGCUGAGACUAAUCAGGUAAAGAGACUAACGUUUAUGCUGAAAUCAAAACCAUACUGUCUUGGGACUGGUGGGAUGAUAAUUAUAUUCUUACAAGUGUAAGAAAUGUUGUAGAAAUGUAUUUUUUGCUGUUUAUUUAUUUUUAGGGGACCUCAGUUGCCAAAAUUCAGUUAUCUUCUUUUUGCUCUGCAUGGAGAGAAACUCCAUUGCUUUCUUUUGCUGGGGCAAACUCUGUUUUGUUGAUAUUUUAUGAGAUAAUGGAAUGUUCCUUUUGCUGGUUUUUGGGAACCAAGCCUACUAAACAGGAAGUCAAAUCCCAAUCCCAAGAAUUUCUUAAAGGCAGGAAAUGCAAGCCAGCUUUAGCACUGAUAUUAAUUGUUUGUGUGUAAGCAAAGGCAGUUGCUGUCUUCCCUGUGUCACUAAGUUAAAGAAGAAUUCUUUUGAUAACCCUGAAUAUUGUGAAACAAAGGUGAUUGGGGAAAUAAUGCUGGCAUUUCUAAUUUGUCUAUGAUAUAGUUUUAAAUUUUGUUUGGAUUUAUGUUAAAAAUGAUGGCACACAUCAGUUAUUUUUUGGUUUCUCAUCCCAAAGAUUUUUUUUACAAAUGUCAAUGUUACUUUUUUUUCCACCUGGAAGUCCUUGGCCUGCUUCCAUGAAGAGGAAUACAUUUCUGUGUUCCACCUCUGAAUCAGCAUGUAUGUUACUUGAAGCAUUAUUACUUUGCUAGUACCCAAUGUGCAAUCAUUGCUAUAGGACUAUGUAACAUCACAAAUAAUGGUGUGUCGGAAGUAUGUUUUUUUUUUUCAUUUCCAUCAUGAUUGUCCAUGUAUGUGAAAUGACAUCUUCACCAAUGGCAGCCUUGAAACUGGAUUUGUUUAUGUGCACUUGCCUUGGUUUUAUUCUUAGUCCAUUUAAAUGUUCAACCUGGCUGUUCUGAUUAUUUGUGGUAACAUUCUGCUCAGGUAUGAGAAGGAUUAAUUUUAUGUCUUAAAAUAGCUGUCUGAACUCACUGUAGAAUGAUCGUGGACUUGAUUACUGGAAUUAGAAGAUGAGAGGUGUGGUUAGUGCUCUGAAAAGUUGAAAGAGGCUGGAAAACCCUCAACUGAGAGCAGGCCUAUGACAGUUUCGAUGUAAGACAUUGUUCUGAAAUCAUAUCACAGGAAUUUGCCACAAAUGAGCUGGAAUGGUCUACUAGUUGCGUUACACUCCUAAAAUGUACAUUUAGCUAUUUUCAUCUAACUGUUUUGUAUGAAGAAAAAAUAAAAAAGCUUUUUUCAAAAGAA